GAAAUAGCAUUCAAAACCAUCCUCCAACGAUCACUUCAACACCGAUCUCUUCACCACGCUAUUACGGAGAACUCGCAAGGCAAAUGGCCAACCGUUUUGUUGCCUCUCAUUAUUUGUUCGGCGUGUUUGUCCAUGUGGUUGUAAAAUCUCGCUUAGCAAAAGGGUUUUUCUCCAAUCGAUGGCUUCCAUACGGCUCAAGGUCUUGUUACAUACUGGGAUGUCCAACACAAUCGUAACGCGGCUUUUCUUUUUUAGUUAAGUGCUCGGCCCAGACUUCACUCUGUAAACGAGAGAGGUUACCUUAGCAGAUGAUUUUAGACCUGCGUGAUAGUUCCUGUUGGAGUUCAUCGAUCUAGUUUCGUUUGAUGUGGUGGACUAAAAUAAUGAAAACAACCGUUGUUAGUCUCAAGUAUUAGGGAAAUCGACUGAAGAUCAACAUUUAAAAGAGGAGGAAAUGGCGUCACUCGAAGAAGAUAUGGUUCUGGACGGAGAGGAAAAUGUGGGUUCUGAAGAGUUAUUGGAUAAAGAGAUAGCAGAUGUUUCUGUUGAGGGACAAUCAUCAAGUGGUGAAGGAGCGCAGAGUGGGAGGAGUUUGAAUAUCACAGUGAAGUGCCAAACCUUGGAAGGUCUCGAAAAACUUUGGCAAGACUAUAGUUCAGGUCAUCUCAAUAGUGUAGCGGAGGAACUUCUUGUGACAGAUGAUAUCAAGAAAAAACUAGGUGUGGAAUCUAUAAAGUUGAAAACAGUGAUUACAGAGGAGUCUUACCUGGCAUGCAAACGGUACCUCUUAAACAAGUUAGAUGCCAGCUCUGAUCAGUCCUCAUCAUCCACACAAAGCUUAGAAAACAUGCAAGAAGCCAGUUCAGGUCAGCAGCUGAUGCAGUUGUUGGGAGAGCCCAGUCCACGAAGUUUGCCCAGCCAGGGCAGUGUAAAUCAAGAUGAAGAAAAAAUGAACUAAGAAAAAAUCUGGAAUGGUCAAAGUGACUGUUACUUGCCAGCAAAUGGAAAGGAACUUGUUGCACACUUCAACCAAGAUGUGUAAAGUCACAUCUUUUGUUUGUUCUUAAUUUACUCUUGUUGUGUAUAAAUAACUAUGUGGAAAAAAUUGUGAAUCUAAAUUCAAGGCUACUUUAAUAAAUAUAGGCAUGGGUAGCAUGCAAGAGUCAUUGGUUUGGCUAGACAGGUUAUGAUUGGAUACUUUAUGUACCAAAUGUUUUUGUAACAGAAAAAGAGCAUAACUUUAAAACAGACGAAAAUAUUGCAUUACUUCACCUUGAGAAUAACAAAAAAGCUUAUUCAACUGAACUCACACAGGUAUUUUGUGGUCUGUUGUAUCUUUUGGCUAAAUACUUAGCAAAAUAAAAUGCAUGGGUGCCACGUUUACUGUUGUUCCUCUCGCAGCCAUUGUUUGGUCUUAUCACACACCACUAUAUAUUCCCUGUUGGAGAGAGAAUGCAUUGUGUGACGAGACUAAAUAAUGGUUGUGAAAGAGACUAUGCCUGCUGUUGUUCCUCUAACACAGAGAAAAUAAAAAUUAUUCGUCUACAGUU